GGCCUUGUGCGCCGACGACGUUUUGUGUGGGAGUCUUUGCAAGCUGCUUCGAAAUGGGUUUGAAGCGUCAAUUGCUGACUCUGGGGAAUAGUCUAAGCUCGUCAAGAACAAGGCGUACUUCUCGCGGUACCAAGUCAAGUACAAGCGCCGCCGCGAGGGUAAGACCGACUACUAUGCCCGCAAGCGCUUGACCACCCAGGCCAAGAACAAGUACAAUGCGCCCAAGUACCGCCUCGUCGUCCGCUUCACCAACCGCGACAUCGUUGCUCAGAUCGUCACCUCUGAGAUUGGCGGUGACAAGGUCUUCAUGGCAGCGUACGCCCACGAGCUCAAGCCCUACGGCAUCACUCACGGUCUCACCAACUGGUCUGCCGCCUACGCUGUCGGUCUUCUGCUCGCCCGCCGCACCCUGAAGAAGCUCGAGCUCGACGAGGCUUUCGAGGGUGUUGAGGAGGCUGACGGCGAGUUCUCCCUCACUGAGGCCGCUGAGGUCGAUGGUGAGGAGCGCCGCCCCUUCAAGGUGUUCUUGGACGUCGGUCUUGUCCGUACCUCCACUGGUGCCCGUGUCUUCGGUGCCCUGAAGGGUGCUUCCGACGGUGGUCUCUACGUUCCCCACUCUGAGAACCGCUUCCCCGGUUAUGACAUCGAGUCCAAGGAACUUGAUGCUGAGACUCUCCGCAAGUACAUCUUCGGUGGUCACGUUGCUGAGUACAUGGAGACUCUCGCCGAUGACGACGAGGAGCGCUACAAGUCCCAGUUCAGCGGCUACAUCGAUGACGACAUGGAGGCCGACGGUCUUGAGGAGCUGUACCAGGAUGCCCAUAAGCAGAUUCGCGAGGACCCCUGGAAGAAGGAGGAGGGCGAUGCUCCUAAGAAGUCCAAGGAUGAGUGGAAGAAGGAGUCGCUCAAGUACAGGACUGCCAAGCUCUCCAAGGCCGAGAAGGAGAAGCGCGUCCAGGAGAAGAUCAAGACGCUCACUGCUUAAGCUGGUGCUUCUUUUUCCUCUCUUCACUUCAUGAUAAAAGCAGGUUCAACGGCGUCUGGGGAUGCAUGGGGUUAUGGAUACUGUACCUGCCAGGAUAUCUAAGCAGCCUUGAAUGAACCGGAUGCUACUAUGAAUGAUUCACGAUACCCUUUUUC